AUGUAUAGAAAUAUUCUUAUUUGUUUGGUCGUUGCCUUGUUUGCAAUCGUAGCAGUGUCUGCUUCAAGUGCCACCGUCGGUGGUAAAAAGACUCUUGUAUUGAUUAACAAUCAAAACAUUAAGCAAACACACUCCAAGUUCUUUAAAUAUCUUGAUGGUAAAGGAUACCAAUUGGAAUAUAAGCGUGUCGAUGACGAAACCAUCAAAUUACAGAAAUAUGGAGACUUUAACUAUGACAAUUUGAUCAUUCUUACAAACUCUAACUCUGAUGAAUUAUCUUUGACAGGUGGAGAUUUGGUUGAAUUUGUUGAUAGUGGACGUAAUGUAUUCAUUGCUACUACCAAUCAAGUAUCAGAAUCAAUUCGUGAUGUUGCCUCUGAAUGUGGUAUUGAAAUUCAAGAUGACAACACUAUUGUCUAUGAUCAUUUCAACUUUGACAAGUCUGAAUCAACUCACAACUUAAUUGUUGCUGAUCAAUUCAUCAAGGAUUCACCAAUCAUUCUUCAAGGAGCUGACAAGAACCCAGUAUUAUUCAAGGGUAUCGGUCAUCAACUCCGUGACAAUCCAUUAAACUUUGCUGUUCUUUCAACAGCCUACACUGCAUACUCUGGCAAGCUCAAUGGACAAUCCACCAAGCUCCAAGGAAAGAUUGGUUUGGUAUCUUCAUUGCAAGCCCGUAACAAUGCCAGAUUCACCUAUUCUGGUUCUUUGGAUCUCCUCAGUAACAAGUUUUAUGAAGCAAAGAUUAAUUCUGAUUCACCAUCUGGAAACCAACAAUUUGUAGAAAAUUUAAUUUCAUGGACUUUCCAAGAUAGAGGUAUUCUCCGUACAUCUAACCGUGUUAUUACCAAGGGUAACGAGACCAACCCAUUCCAAUACACCAUCAAGGAUGUCAUUACCUACUCGAUCAAGGUUGAAGAGUUUGUCAACGGUCAAUGGGUUCCAUACGUCGACACUUUGGAGUUCCAAUUGAUCAUGUUGGAUCCAUACAUUCGUACCUUUAUCAAGGGUGACAAGGAUGGUGUCUACACCCUCACCACCAAGCUCCCAGAUCACUUUGGUGUCUACACCUUUGAAGCAUCUGUUCACCGUCCAGGCUAUGGUAACCUCGUCGACUUUACUCGUCACGGUAUUGCCCCACUCCGUCACAACGCCUAUGAAAGAUUCGUACCAGCUGCCUAUCCAUACUAUGCUGCUGCCUUUUCAAUGAUUGGUGGUGUCUUUGUAUUGAGUAUUGUAUUCUUAUUCCAUCAAGAUCCAAAGAGAAUCCUCUAA